AUGCGGGUGCUGCUGCUUGGCGCAGCCCUGCUGGCACUCGGGAUUAAGGCAGAUGAGGCUCAGUGCACGGUCAGGAGUCCAUGUUGCAACACAAGCAUCGCCAAGUUCGAGUUUGACGUUGAUCCCGUGUGCGAUGUGCGCAACGCGCGCUUCACCGCCACCCUCAAUGGCGUGCCUACCGCCACCGUCGGCAUCUACACACCACCCAAUGCGGCCAACAAGGUCAAGCGCCGGACUCUGCGGGUCCCCGGACUGAACCUGACUGCCAGCAACGCCGACGGAGCUGAGCUCUGUCUCCGGAUUGGUUCGUUCACCAAAGCCUGCUCUCUACUGUCGCCACCUCCACCGCCUCUACCUCCGCCGCCGCCGCCUCCUUCCCCUAACCCGCCAAGCCCUAACCCCCCCAGCCCCAUGCCGCCCAGCCCUCUGCCACCAAGCCCCAAGCCGCCCAGCCCCUUGCCUCCCAGCCCGCCGCCGCCAUGCACUAAGUUUUGCUUUCAGUGGACGCGCGUGGAUGGACCCGUGGGUCCAACCCAGUGCGCACAGCUGAUCAAGGCGGCUAACACCGUACUUGCUGACGUGUCACUCGGUGCUCCGCCUGCCGUACCGCUGAGGUGCGAGCGCGCCAACGCCAGCAUCGCAGUUGCGUGCGCCGCUCUUCAGACUAACGCUGACGUGGCGCUGUGGGCGCGUGCUCUGGACAACUCCGGGCUGUCAAACAUCGCCGGGCUGGUCAACAUCAGCAGCAUCCGAGUCCCGGAAGGCGGCGCUUUGGUGUGUAAACAAUCGCAGCUGGAGUACUUCGUGACUUCGGACCGUUUGGAGGCGAUCUGCGAGUCGGGUUUCACCAACGCUCCGUGCCCCUUCAUUCCCCAAGACUUGUUCCCGUACUGCCAGUGCGAGCCUCGUGCACUCGGCAAGACGCCGUACACGGUGACGUACUCGCGCAAGUACUACUCCUUCUCGUCCACGUGGUACUGCUUCAAGAUCACGGCGAACCAGUCCUCAUGCAGCGCUAACCGCUGUUGUGACAUGGAUCUUGGCAAGAUUGAAUGGCUCACCGGGCCCAACAAUGCUGGCUGCUGGACCUCGGUCACGGGCUGGUUCUUGUCCUCUGACAAGCCGGGCACUCGUCGGGAGCCGGCGUGGUCUCGCUUCGUUGACAAGAGGGCUGUCCCAGGGCGGAACACCACAAUGGGCGUAUUGAAGACCACCAAUUUGAACAUCAACUUGCGCACCAUCCGACCCAACUUGGAGAUGUGCAUCGGGCUCCGUCGCGGUACACGUUGCUCCAAUUUGCAAACGUUCUGCUACUUGGGCACUUGCAAGUACGCGGUGUACGACAAGUCGGCGGGAUGCUGUGCCAGGGACUACGCUUCCGGAGAUCUGUACGGCGGCUACAAACGGCUGCUAUAG